UCAGGUUCAGGCUUUAGAAAUGAAGCAGGAGUACCAGGAUCUCAUCCUGCAGGUGUGUGGUGCAUCGUCUCUGCGAGUCGGUUCUAAGAUCCAGACGCUGUGGAGUGGCUAUGGGGAGAUAAUCCGGCUGCACCUGGAGGGCUGCGACCGGCCCUCUGUGGUCGUCAAACAUGUCAAGUUCCCAGAGGAGGCCGAGCACCCCGGCGGCUGGAACACGGAUCGCUCCCACACACGCAAAGUCAGGUCCUACCAGGUGGAGACACACUGGUACCAGAACUACUCCACCAACCAGAGGUGUCGGAUCCCUGCCUCCCUGGCUGCCUGUUCCCAUGGCGACGAGAUGCUGAUCGUGCUGGAGGAUCUGGAUGUGGCGGGUUAUGAUCAGAGAAGAACCAACGUGAAGGACAGAGAGAUGAGGGCGUGCCUGAGCUGGCUUGCCCACUUCCAUGCUCUCUUCCUGGAUGUGACACCAGAGGGCCUGUGGCCUGUCGGCACAUACUGGCACCUGGAGACCCGGCCUGACGAGCUGGAGGCCAUGGAGGACGCCGAGCUCAAAGCAGCAGCCGAAGAUAUCGACAGGAUCCUCAACGAGUGUCGCUUCAAGACCAUCGUUCACGGAGACGCCAAAUUAGCUAAUUUCUGUUUCUCCCAGAGUGGGUCGGACGUGGCAGCUGUGGACUUUCAGUACGUCGGUGGAGGCUGUGGGAUGAAAGAUGUUGUGUACUUCCUGGGAAGCUGCAUGGAGGAGAAGGAGUGUGAAAAGAGGGUACCAGCACUACUGGACUACUAUUUCACAGAGCUGAAGCUGGCUGUGAAAACGGAUGUGGACUUCGAUGCCCUCGAGAAAGAGUGGCGGGAGAUGUUUGCAUUCGCAUGGACAGAUUUUCAUCGCUUUCUGCUGGGAUGGAUGCCUGGACACUGGAAGAUCAACCGAUACAGCAAACAGCUGACCAAGGAGGUCUUGUGCAAACUGAAUCAGUGAUCAUUAGUAUCCACAAUAAAUUAAUAAAAGCAAACAACAGAUGAUUGUUUUUGAACCUGGAAAUAUGAAUAUGAAAAAAAAAAGGCUCACAAAUGUGUUCAGAUCCCCUCCUCUCAUGUGUACUGUGUAACCAUGUCUACCAUUUAAUUUGAGGAUAAAUAAAAGAUUUUGGAAAGAA